UAAAAAAUAAAAAAUAAUGGCUGGUUUUGAUUCAGCCGAUGAGGCCAAUACCGAACUAUUGGAAAAACUAAAACAUUUAGAUGUCCGCGCCCAACCGGAGGAGAAGAGUCGUGGCUGUUUUAAAGGCUGUUGGAAGUCCAGUAAAUGGAAAUCGGCACUAAAUCACAUUGGCCUAUUGGUAUCGUUGUCAAUCUAUUGCGGAGUGGGUGGAUUGGUCUUCCGUCAGCUAGAACGUCCGGCGGAAUUGGAACGCUUGCAGUACUUGAAAGGUGUUGUGAAGACACACCGUGAAAAAUUCAUCACUACCAUAUUAAAUAAUACAGAUGUUUUAAAUUUAGAUGUACUAAUAGCAAAAGAAUUAGCAAAUUAUGAGGUGGCUGUACAGGAAGCCGCUGAGGGUGGUCUUCUCAUUGAGGCCGAUAAAGACUUUCCAGAGCCUUAUGAGCGCUGGAGCAUUUUACAAGCUGUGUUCUUCUCAUCGACUGUGUUAACUACAAUAGGUAAGAACCAGAGCAACAGAUUCACUUAA